UGACGGAUCAGGAUAUUGGCUACAUCCAAAUUGACCAGUUAGUUUAUUAGUAUUCAUGCGUGCCACCGAUUUGAUUAAUUUUAUUAAUUUCGAACUUUAUUCUAAGCCGAGAGUUGGCCAUGAUAUAUUGGUUCUUUUUUUUAAAGCCAUACAUUCUUUACACUCGUAUUAGAAGCCAAGCAAAAUGGGAGAUGCUGACGACAAAAUUGGAGGCGGUCAGGCCGUAAAGAGAUGUUGCGGCUUCCAUUGGCGGGGCAAGUCCACCGUCAUAAUUCCUCUCAUCACACUUCCGGUUCUGAUAUACGGGAUCCUGGAGAAUAAUCUGGCAUAUGUGUGCAUGUAUCUGGUGGUCAAUAUGGCGCUUUUCUGGAUAACGGAAGCCAUUCCUCUAUAUUUGACGGCUCUGUUUCCAGUUUUUUUUCUGCCACUGUCCGGUAUUUUGACUUCGGAACAGGUAUGCAGCUUUUACUUCAGUGACACCGUGGUCAUGUUCCUCGGAGGACUGCUUAUUGCCCUGGCCAUAGAAUACAGCAAUCUCCAUCAGCGCAUCGCACUCACCACUAUUCUAGUAGUGGGCUGCAGUCCGAGGCGCUUGCACUUCGGAUUGGUCAUGGUGACUUGCUUCAUAUCGCUGUGGAUCUCAAACUCAGCUGCCACUGCCAUGAUGUGUCCCAUAGUGAAAGCAGUACUCAAUGAAAUGGAAGCUCAAAACAUUUUUGCCAUUUACAAGACGCAGGAGGAGGAGCCGGUGGAGGCAGGCGACCCCCCGCAUCCGUCGACCAUCUCGAUGGCCUUCUAUUUCGGCAUCGCGUAUUCCUCGUCCAUCGGUGGCUGUGGCACCUUGAUUGGAACUGGCACCAAUCUGACUUUCAAGGGCUUAUACGAUACACGAUUUCCCAACUCCGAGGAGAAGAUUGACUUCCCCAUCUUCAUGGCCUACUCCAUUCCGUUUGUAGUGGUGGUGCUCGUCUUUCUCACGUACCUCGCGCUGCAAAUCACCCACAUGGGUCUCUUCCGGCCGAACAGCCAGAUAGGUCAGGAGGUCAGGAAGGGCACCGAGAGCAAGGACGUUGUCCAGGGCGUGAUCAAGCAGCGCAAGGCUGAUUUGGGACCCAUGACGUGCCAUGAGAUUCAAGUGGGCCUGCUCUUCGUGCUGAUGAUUUUCCUACUGUUCACCCGUAAGCCGGGCUUCUUUCCGGGAUGGGCUGACUUUCUGAAUGCCAAAGCCAUAGGCAGUGGCCCGCCAGUAUUCUUCGCGACGAUUCUGCUCUUCGCCCUGCCCACACAGUAUACCUUCUUCAGGUACUGCUGCGGAAAGGCUCCUUUCCCAGGACAAGUGUUGGAUGCCAGUCUGUCGUGGGUCUACUGCCAAAAGUACACGCCAUUUGGCCUGGCCUUUCUGUUGGGAGGAGGAUUCGCUUUGGCCGAGGGCAGCAGGGUCAGCGGAAUGGCCAAAAUGCUGGGCGAGUCCUUGGCUUUCGCUGGUAAAAUGCACUCCGUUUUCGUUAUUUCCCUGUGCAUUAUACUCUCCCUUUUCUGCACUGCAUUCGCUUCCAACGUGGCCAUCUGCAAUAUUCUGAUCCCGAUCUUCUCGGAAAUGGCCCUGGCCAUCAAAGUGCAUCCCUUGAAAUUGACUCUUCCCGCUGCCCUGGCCUGCAGCUUGGCCUUCCAUUUGCCCGUAAGCACUCCUCCUAAUGCAAUUAUAUCCGGCUUCACGGGCUUGAAGACAAAGUACAUGGCCAUCGCAGGGCUUCUGCCCACAUGUGCUGCCUUUCUGUGUCUGCUGUUCACCGGAACCGUGUGGACCUUACUGAUCUAUCCGGGGACGUCUGAUUUCCCCAAGUGGGCUAACUAGAUCCAAAUUUAAAGUGUCUGCAAAAUCCUUGUUUAUAGGCAAAAAUUUCUGGUAUCGCCAAUAAUAUUUCUGUCAAAUCAAAAGGCCUUGGAAGUCAAAAGAACGGGAUCUUUCUUUUGGCAGCAAUUUUGUUGAGUUGUAUGCCGUGCUUUGCUAAAUCUUUAGGUGUCUGCACAUUUCACAGUCCAAGCUUACUCAGUAUUUCGUUUGAUGGCCAAUAAAUAAAGCCGACAGAAGCCUUCUCAAUGUCUAAA